AUGCCUAACGUCAUCCUCAUCCUUCGCGGUGUCCAGGCCCUCUUGGCCGCCGUCAUCCUAGGACUGAUCGCAUACUUUAUCAACUGGAUUCGCGAAAGAAUUUUUUUCGGAAGCCUCGACAGUGCAAAUUUCUUGCUCUUCGACAGCAUUUGGACGCUUUUUAUCGCUCUUCCAUACAUCGUCUUUUCACCGAAAUUCUUCCCAGCAUUCGCCCACCAGAAUGCGCUGCUCGGCGUUGAGGGAGCCACAGUCCUUUUCUGGUUUUCCGCUUUCAUCUCCCUCGCAGUUGAUACCAGCAAUAUCGGAGAUUGUACGGUGUGCAGUGUCGUAAAGGCCGCUAUAGCUCUCGGUGCUUUUGAAUGGGCUACAUUUGUUGCUACAUUCGGUCUUAACUUGAUGCCCGUAAUCAAGGGUCGAAACAAGGUGGUCAUGGACGGCCAGCCACAGCCUGCGGUUUAG